AUGUUCCCAACUGGUGAUGAAGCAGGCUCUGUGAAGGAAACGUUCCUACGAAAAGGUGGUUUUCCUGGAAUUGUGGGUGCUGUCGAUGGCACUCACAUUCGUAUUCAAGCUCCUGUACAACAUGAGGAAAACUACAUCAACCGAAAACGCUUUCACUCCCUGAAUGUUCAAGUGGCAGUGGAUGCCAAUUCGUACAUUACAAAUGUUGUGGCUAAGUGGCCAGGCAGCGUUCACGACUCUCGAAUCCUUCGAGGCAGCAGCAUCGGAGAACGCUUUGAACGUGGCCACAUUCGAGGCAUGCUGCUCGGCGACAGUGGGUACCCGUGCAGGCCGUGGCCUAUGACACCGUUUUUAAGACCAAAUGGGCAUGCCCAGGAGAUGUACAAUGAGGCACACAAAACGUCACGGUCAGUUGUGGAACGAGCAAUUGGUCAGUUGAAGAGAAGGUCUGCUUGCCUCCAUGGAGAACUUCGGAUGGCACCUGAACGUUGCUGUGGCAGUGUUGUUGCAUGCUGCAUCCUCCACAAUCUGGCAAGGCAGCCUGGAAUUCCUGACGACAGAGCUGAGCCAGAGCGUCAGGAUGACUCUGAUGAGCAAGAGCCACAACGGGCACCACAAGACGGGGUGCACAUGGCUCCUUUUUCUUUCUACGAGCACCUGCACUGCGACUGCGGCUUCGACGUGGGGCUGACUGCGGAGGGCUACCUCUUGGUAAUUGGUGGACAUCGGGAGGCAAGGACGGCACAGAUGGUUCUGCUGACUCAUCUGGGAGAAUGUCAGUAG